AUGUCGCAAAAGGCCGAUAUCGUGUGGACCGGCAUUCUCGGCGGGGUCUUAUCUCUUGGAUAUAUACAAUGGCGACAGCACUUCUUGAGUGAAAACCUGGACAAGAAGAGCUACUUCGACGAGUUUGGCAAUAAAAUUGAGUUCGAGGAUGAACAGGAUGCUGUCGAGCCCACGGUAUCCAACCCCAUGAAGCGGGCGGUCGCAGGUCUUAAGGCUGUCUAUACUCCACAUAUUCUAGACUUGGCAGCGCUCGUCUCAGCAGUGUGGGGUUAUCGAGCAUUCAAGAAUAUGAAUAAGUUACUUGAAAGGCGGUAUGCCGAUAUUACAUAUCAAAUCAGACGCCCCGACGUCCUCCUCAACCGCAUCGUCUCACUGAAGUAUCUUGUCUACGGUGGAGUUCUAAUACCAGUUUUAGCGGGCGGCUCACUGGCCCUUGCCCAGUGGCUCACUCUACCUGUUGAGGAACGUGGCAAG